GCCCCGUAGUCGACACGUGCAGCACAACCAUGGCAGACGAGCAGAGCCCCGAGAGGCGGCGGUCGCGGCGAAGGAGCGGCAUGUACCGCCGCGGCUCCCAUAUCAGCGAGGCAAGCUUCAUGGAGGAUGUCGAAAUGGCUCAGGAUGAGGUCUUCUCCGGUCCCAUGAGCGAGAGCGUCCCCACGAGCGUAUCUGGAUUCCGCCACCGACGCGCCGGCUCGAGCGCCAGCUUGACGAGCUUUGCAUUCUACGACGAAGAGCAGGAUUCCGGCGACGGCACCGAGGACGAGGACAGCGCCAUCGACGACGACGACGACGACGAGAGCCUGUACAAUGGGCAUGCCGUUGACGAUGUCGACGACCUGGAGGCGGCAUCGCCGUCGCCCUCGUCGCACUCGCCGUCGCCAUCGCGGCGCAAGUCGAGCGGCAGCCGAAAGUCGUCCGAGAGACCGUUGCUGCGCAGGGUCUCGUCGGCAGGCAGCACAGGCUCAGGCGCCGACUGGAGGGGGCGCCGGUCCAACCAGAAAAUCUAUAUCAUGACCGAAGACCUGACGAUUGUCAUUGCCGGCUUCAAGACGUCGCCUGUUGGCUACGCCCUCUAUGCGCUUCUGUGCGUCGCCACGCUCGGCCUCGGCUGGCUGCUCUUCAGAUGGCUGCCGCGGUGGCGCGUCACGAUAGUCGGAAAGAGUGCGCCUCUAAAAGAGUGCGACUGGAUCGUCAUCGAGAACCAGUGGGGCGAGUUUGCCGUGCAGCACGUCAACCGCCAGACGUACGGACGCUCGCUCUCCACCGUCUUUGGCGACCCCGAAAAGGGCCGCCCGCGGGAAUGGGACGAGGACGACGAUCCGCUGAUUGGCGAGCUGAGGUGCCUCGACUACCGCUAUAUCCGCUUCGUGUACCACCCCAUCAAGGACAAAUUCGUGCUCGCCAAUACCUGGAAAGACCCCAGCUGGACCCAUGUCUUGGCUCUCCGCGAGGGCCUCGACAACGAUGAGCGCGACUACCGUGAACUCGUCUUUGGCAAGAAUAUGAUUGACAUUGCGGAAAAGACAGUCGGCCAGCUGCUCGUUGACGAGGUCUUCCAUCCUUUUUAUGUGUUCCAGAUUGCCAGUCUGGUCCUCUGGUCGCUCGACGAGUACUACUACUACGCCUGUGCCAUCUUCAUCAUCUCGGCUGUUAGUAUCGUCACCACAUUGAUGGAGACAAAGGCCUCGAUGAAGCGUCUGCGCGAGGUGUCUCGAUUCGAGUGCGAAGUCCGUGUGCUGCGCAGCGGCUUCUGGACGCACGUCGAUUCUGCCGAGCUUGUGCCUGGAGAUGUCUACGAAGUUACGGAUCCCGCACUUACGCAAUUCCCCUGCGACAGUCUGCUACUUUCCGGAGACUGCAUUGUCAACGAGAGCAUGCUGACUGGCGAGUCUAUUCCUGUAUCCAAAAUCCCCGUCACCAACCAGUCGCUGGAUAUGCUGGACCUCAGCGCUUCGGCGGUUCAUCCCGAAGUUGCGCGACACAUGCUGUUCAGUGGCACCAAGAUUAUUCGCGCUCGCAGGCCGCAUGAAGACCACGACGAUGAUGAGGCUGCCGCACUGGCAAUGGUCGUUCGUACGGGCUUCAACACCACAAAGGGCGCCUUGGUCCGAUCAAUGCUCUUCCCCAAACCCUCAGGCUUCAAGUUCUACCGCGACUCGUUCCGGUACAUAUCCGUCAUGGCCAUCAUCGCCAUGAUUGGGUUUGUUGCGUCCUUUAUCAACUUUGUCCAUCUCGGUCUUGAGUGGCACUUGAUUGUGGUACGCGCGCUCGACCUGAUUACCAUUGUCGUCCCUCCUGCGCUUCCCGCCACUCUCACCAUCGGCACCAGCUUUGCGCUGUCGCGCUUAAAACAGAAGCAGAUUUUUUGCAUCAGCCCGCAACGAGUCAACGUCGGUGGCAAGCUUGACGUGGUCUGCUUUGACAAGACUGGUACGCUCACCGAAGAAGGCCUAGAUGUGCUAGGUGUCCGCGUCGUCGAGCGGCCCCGGAACAGGUUCAGCGAGCUUCUUCCAGACUCGUACGACAUUCUGCCCGCCUCACAGCACGACCGUGACCCAACAGUCGAGUACCAUGCCCACAAGACCAUCCUCUACACCAUGGCUACUUGUCACUCACUGCGCAAGAUUGACGAUGAGCUGGUCGGCGACCCAUUGGACGUGAAGAUGUUUAAAUUCACCGGCUGGAGCUACGAAGAAGGCGAGCAAAAGUCUGGCAAUUCGGGUGAUGAUGGAGAAGAGCAAAAAUUGUCGCCGUCUGUUGCUCGUCCGCCUCCUGGUCGCGAGUAUGAUGUCGACGAUGUCCAAGACGAGGCCAGCAGAAAGCAGGUCGAGCUCGGUGUGAUCAAGUCAUUCGAGUUCGUCUCGCAGCUCCGCAGGGCCAGUGUCAUUGUGCGGCAAUUUGGUUCAAAGAGCGGACAAGUCUACGUCAAGGGUGCGCCUGAAGUGAUGAAGGAGAUCUGCCGCCCCGCAAGCUUUCCCACCGACUACGAGGAGCUCCUCUCCUUCUACACGCACCGCGGCUUCCGUGUCAUCGCCUGCGCUACCAAGACGAUUCCAAAGCUCAACUGGCUCAAAACUCAGAAGAUGAAGAGGGAGGAAGCCGAGAGUGGUCUGGACUUUGUUGGUUUCAUCAUCUUCGAAAACAAGCUCAAGGACAGCACGGCCCCAGUCAUCGAAGAGCUUGCGUGUGCCAACAUCCGCAAGGUCAUGUGUACCGGCGACAACAUUCUCACUGCCAUCAGUGUGGCUCGUGAAUGCGGUCUCAUCAACAAGACGGCUCACUGCUUCGUUCCGCACUUUGAAGAAGGCGACUCCCGUACUGCGCUCUCAAAGCUAUGCUGGGAGAGUGUAGAUGACCCAGUAUUCAAGCUCGACGAUACUACGCUAACGCCUCUUCCCCCGCCACCCGAAGCCGAUGUCUCUCUCCCGUAUGACAUCUCCAAUCUGCGCAACUACAGUUUGGCAGUCAGCGGUGAUGUCUUCCGCUGGAUCGUCGACUUUGCGUCCGAGUCGGUGCUGCGUGAGAUGCUCGUCUGUGGUCAGGUCUUUGCCCGCAUGUCGCCUGAUGAAAAACAUGAACUUGUUGAGAAAUUGCAGUCGAUCGACUACUGCGUCGGCUUCUGUGGCGACGGCGCAAAUGACUGUGGAGCUCUCAAAGCCGCUGACGUCGGCAUAUCGCUUUCUGAAGCUGAAGCGUCAGUCGCUGCCCCUUUCACAUCCAGGCAAUUCGACAUUAGCUGCGUGCCGCAAGUCAUCAAGGAAGGUCGCGCUGCGCUCGUAACGAGCUUUAGCUGCUUCAAGUACAUGAGCUUGUACAGUGCGAUUCAGUUUUGCUCGGUAUCUUUCCUGUAUGCAAGCGCCAGCAACCUGGGCGACUUCCAGUUCCUUUUCAUUGACCUUUUGCUCAUCCUCCCCAUUGCCAUCUUCAUGGGUUGGUCUGGAGCAUACCCAGUCCUCAGUCGCAAGCGCCCGACGGCCAAUCUGGUAUCUCGGAAAGUGCUCACUCCGCUACUUGGACAGAUGGUCCUGUGUAUCCUGUGCCAGUUUACUGCAUUCCACUUUGUGCAGCAGCAGAAGUGGUACAUCGCACCCGUCAUUGACAAGAACCACAGCAACUCGCUCAACUCACAGAACACUGCACUUUUCUUGACAAGCUGCUUCCAGUACAUCCUUUCAGCUGUCGUCCUCAGCGUAGGCAAACCCUACCGCGAGCCCAUGUCUCGCAACCUGCCGUUUAUUACAACCAUCUUCGUCACCCUUGCCAUCACUCUCUACAUGCUCUUUGACCCAGCCAAGUGGGUGAAGCAAGUCAUGGAGCUCACGUACAUGGACGUGCCAUUCAAGACAUUCAUCCUCACGCUAGGCCUAGGCAACUUCAUCCUAGCAUAUGCCAGCGAAAGAAUUCUCUUCCCCGGCCUCGCAAAAUGGAUUGGCGUCGCCAAAGUCAGGCUUGGCGGCAAGAGGAUGCAGAAGAAGCGAAAGGAGUACAAGAUUAUUGCCGAAAGCAUGCGCAUCUAGAUGUGUUGAGAUGUCUGUUUCCGAGGCGUCGCGUGGGUGGCUGUCAUGUAUAGAAAAUGCCUUUGUCUUGAUAUACUGGGAUAUGUAGAAAAUUUCGGGGUUGUUUAGUUUGUGAAUGAAGUAUUCGGCAUAGUAGAUCUGACUCUUUGCCAUCU